UAAUGGAUUGUGGUGAAUAGACGUUAAGAGCAGAGCGGUGAAGAACAAUAAUAUUAAUUAAUACAACAAUUAUUAUGUGCUUAAAGUCUCAAUUUGAUACACAUAGGUAAUCACCGCUCUUAGUAUUUAAACAUAAGACAUAUAGUUACAGAGAAGGAGACGGAUCUACCUCAAUAUGAGCUCCCGAGACAGGGACACAAAGUCUCUUCAAGACAAACUUAAAGUGUUCUUCAAAAAAGGAGCAUCAGCACCGUUGGCCGCCCAAAACGAGCUGGUAGUGACAGCAGAUCUCAGGAAAGAACUAAGUCCAGAAUCUCCACUUAGCCGUCGUCUCCGUGCCGUUAAAGAAUUGGGAGAUAAAGUACUUCAUAUUCGUGUACAAGAUGGUGGUGUUGAAAAAAUUUGGGCAUGUAUAAGGGAUCUUUUAGAAGAUGUAAAUAUUGAAGGGCGACAUGCAGCUCUGGGUCUCCUCCGCUGCAUUGCAGAGGGACAGACAGAGCUGUUGAUAAUGCGCACAAUACUCUUCAGAUUCUUAAGGGAGACACACUCAACACACCCUCCUGAAGACUAUCAGCUCAGAUUCAAACUUCUUAACACUUUAACUAAUACUGGCAAAGAUAUCAAAUGCUUCGAAGAACAGAUUGGCCCAUUUCUAUUAGAGUGGCUCCCUCAGCUGCAAUCCACUGCUCAUAUCAUCGACUUUGUUCAACUCAUCACUAAUGUCGUCAAGUUCAAUGCAGUGUACCUUGAUGAAGAAAUUGUACAUGGCAUUGUAAAUAACAGCUGCCACCUGUGCGUGUACUCGGCCGACAGCGGCGUGGUGCUGGGCUGCCUGUCGCUCCUGGAGGCCGUGGUGUCGUACUCGCUGCUGCCCCGCACGGCGCUGCCCACCUUCGUGGCGGCGCUGUGUCGCACCGUCAACGUGGAGCACUACUGCCAGAACAGCUGGAAGUUGAUGCGAAACGUGAUGGGCGCGGACCUGGGCCACGCGGCGCUGCAGGAGCUGGUGGAGAUGCUGCGGGGCGAGGGGGGCGCGGGCGGCCAGGGCGGCGCGGGGCGGGAGGCGGAGGGCGAGGGGGGCGGGCUGCUGCGCGGGGCCGUGUUCUACAUCAACAUGGCGCUGUGGGGCCCGCGCCGCGUGCACUCGCUGCACGUGUCGCCGCUCGCCGUGCUGCCCGCCUUCCUCAAGGCGCUGGGCGGACGGCAGGCCGUGGUGACGUACGAGGUGGUGGUGUCGCUCCAGAGCCUGGUGGCCCGCGCUCCGCUGGACCUGCACGAGCUGUGCUGGGACGUGCUGCUGGAUAUCGUGCGCGCCGUGCUGCACCACGACAAGAGUUUCGAUCCGCCAAACGAACUGAUUCACAGCCGGGUCCACGCGCUGAUUACGACCCUCGAGCAGCUGCAGGACGCGGGACAGUUCCAGGGGGAUCCUGACUCGUUGCUCGAUCUCAUCGAUUACUGUGGCCACGACCGACCGGAGUCGUCGACGGUGCGGCUGGUGUCGCUGCGAGGCGCGGCGCUGGGCGGGCCCGGGGACGCGGGCGCCGCCCUGGCCCUGGUGGAGCGCUACCUGCGGCAGGAGCCCCGCCUGCCCGUGCGGCUCCACACGCUGCACACCGUGCUGGCCUACAUCAAGCGGAACCGGUACACGGGCGGCGAGGAGCUGGUGGAGCGCGUGGGGGCAGCAGCGCUGACGGCGUGCGCCGCCGACGCCGAGGCGCCGCUGAGAGCUGCGGCCGCACGCGCGGCGCCCGACCUGCUGCGGGCUUGCGGCGCAACGCUCGCCGUCGACCUCAUCGACCAGCUGGAGAAGAUCCUGAACCGGCCGUUCGAGGUGUACGUGUCGGACGUGUGCAUCGGCGCCGAGUCGGACACCAGCGACGUGUCGGGCGCGGCGGGCGCGCUGCUGGAGGUGCUGCACGAGCGGCUGGCGGGCCCGGCCGCGCCGCCCGCGCGCGCGCUGCUCGUGCUGCUGGACCACCUGGCGCUGCACUACCGCCGCGCCGCGCUGCUGCACCACCACCCGCGCGCGCGCCUGCAGAUCCUAGAAAUGUUGUUCGCUCUACGCGCGAAUCCGCUGAACUGCGUGGGGUUCUGCUACGAGGAGAGCGGCGCGGUGGUGUGGGGCGCGGCGGCGGCCCGGCUGCGGCCCACGUGCUCGCCGCUGCUACUGGUGGAGCCGCCCGCCGCCCGCAACCAGGCCCCGCCGCCCAGGGACCUGCCGCCGGGCGCAUGCCUGAUCCCGGUGGGGCGCUGCGCGCGCGCGCUGGUGGCGGCGCUGGGCUGCGAGAGCGAGUGGUCGGUGCUGGCGCACGUGCUGCGCGCGCUGCCGCAGCUGCUGGCGGCGCGCGCGCCGGCGCUGGGCCGCCGCGCGCAGGACCUGGACGUGCUGGCCGGCUCGCUGUGCGCCAUGCUGGCCGACCGCGGCGGCGCGCCGGCCUGCGUGCGCGCGCACCCCACGCUGCUGCUGUCCGACUUCCACGCGCUGGUGCUGCCCGCGCUGGCCGCCAUGUCCUCCUACCACGCCUACCUCGAGCCGCCCACGCAGCAGCGCAUCGUGCGAUGUCUGCUGAAGUACGGAAUGGUCCUGCGCACGCCGCAGCAGUACAUCAUGGCUCUGACGGCGUUCGCGCUGGAGACCCGUGAUACCAUGGUGCGCAUGCUGCCCGAGGUGCUGCUCGACCUGUCCAAGAUAUCCGACACGAAAGCCAUCGCCAGUCCCAUGCUCGAGUUUCUAUCCACGCUCACGCGACUGCCGCGCGUGUUCGCGUCGUUCGUGGAGGACCAGUACAUGUCGGUGUUCGCCAUCCUGCUGCCGUACACCAACCCCUCGCGCUACAACCACUACGUCGUCUCGCUCGCACACCACGUGAUCGCCGCCUGGUUCCUCAAGUGUCGCCUCUCCUACCGCAGGAAUUUCGUUCGAUUUAUUAUUCAUGGCCUCCACAACUACAUCAUAAUGCCGUUCGAGGAGCAGCUUCAGUACAAGAGCAAUGUGCACCAGAGCUCCGCCAACGAGGACUCCUCGAACCGACAGCGAAGUUCCAGUCUGGGUUCGAAGGCAGUGUCCCGCGCACCUCUGUCGGGGAAGGUCGCGGGGCAGGGCGCUCCCGCCGCCUUCCACGUGGAGCUGACGGAGACCUGCGUGGACCUGCUGGCCAGAUACACCUUCACGCCCUGCAGCGUCAAGCCGCAGCGAAGCGAGCGUACGGACGGGUUGUUCAACGGCGGCCAGUCCACCACGUGGCUGGUGGGUCACAAACUGGUCACCAUCACCACCUCCGGCUGUCUGCAGAGCGCCGCCCGCCGGGCUCUCUGCGACAGGUGCUCUGCGACGUGCUGCCAGGCGGCGAGCGACGACCUGUCUGCGACCGCAGCCGCGCCGCACGUACAAGUUAGAGACAGUUCGGAGAGUAACGGAUCGUCCAGCAACCACCUGCAUCCCGAAGUGAAGCGGCAAAACUCGUCGGAAAACAAAUCAUCGGAUCCAUUCAUGGAUUUUUUGAGUUCAUGCAAUCUGCGCAUCGACAAGAUAUCAAAAGAAGUGGUCGAGGAGGGCGUCUGGGCGCUUGGCACGGGGGGCGGAGGGGGCGGGGCCGAGGGCGGCGCCUGCGAGUGUUGGUGCGCGCGCUGGGCGCAGCUGCACGUGCGCUCGGCCACCGGCGACGUGAGCUGGCUGCUGCGGAUGCAGAACCACGGCGGGGCCGAGGGCGGCGCCUGUGAGUGUUGGUGCGCGCGCUGGGCGCAGCUGCACGUGCGCUCGGCCACCGGCGACGUGAGCUGGCUGCUGCGGAUGCAGAACCACAUAACUGCGUCUCAGCUGCAAGAAUGCGACCUGCAAGACAUGCUGACGGUGAUAUCGCCCCCGCUGGCCGCCGGUGUCAACAACGUGGCCGUAGGAGGGCCGCUGGCCAACAACACGGGCGCUGGCGCCCCGGGCGGCCACAACAUGGCCGCUGGCGCCCCGGGCGGCAAGCCGGCCUCCGCACAGCUGACCACGCACGCAGCCUCCGCCACUGACCUCGCAACGGAAGAAUCAAAGCUGAACCGACAAACGCAACAACAUGCUACAGACUUACACAAAUCCAGCUCGGACUCGGUGGUGGCCAGUGACCGGCUGCAGGCGUCGCCCGGGGCGCCACGACCUCACCCCGCUCGAAUAAGCACGCAGCCCAUCAACAUCCCGGGGUCGCCGCAGCGGACGAGUGCGCCCGCCGACGCCGCCGAUAUUGACGUGCUGCUGUUUGCGACAGAGGGUAAAAGCAGACACCCGGUGCGUCGUUCCAACUCGUCACCAGAGAUGUCGACGUCAUGGAAGCUGACGUCACGCGAACCCCCCUCGCCCGCCCCCUGCCCCGCGCCCGCACCCUCCGCCAGGCCCUACCUCGAGCUGGCCGACCCCGAGGAGAUGAUCCUGCUGCCCAGCUGCGAACCGACGAGCGCAUCGAUGACCAUGCACGCGUGUAAAAAGGCAGCUAAGAAGAGUGACAUGCGAGUGUCGUGCGAGGCCAUCCCAGAGGAGAUGAGCGGCACCUCCCCGCAGCCGCUGCCCCUUGUACAAAAGAGCGAACAACAAAACAAGCAGCAUCCGCAUCUGCUCACCUAUAACUCUGACCCAGGGAACGCGUCGAGCGACGGAGACGGAGAGAGCGCCACAGACAAGGACAACCACGUGGCGCGCGCGGACACGCCCUCUGGCGGCGUCCACAGCACGCACCACCAUCUACAGAAGACCAGCAGUGACAGCACGGUGGGCGCGACGGGCGCGGGGCUCCGCGAUGAGCUGCCGCCGCUGGCUCGCUCCAAGAGGUCCAACACCAUCUCCGUGAUGAGCCCCACGGACCGCACCCGCGAGCCCAUAUCCCGGCCUGGCAGCGGCUGCAGCUCCUCCAGCGGCGGCGUGGCUCCGUCGUUCGUGUUCCUGCAGCUGUACCACAACAUGAGCACGUACCCCAUCUCGCCGCCCGUGCCUGGGGAGGCGCCGCCCAUGGUGAGCGCGGGAGCGGAGCGGCCGCUCAAGGUGACCGGCGCGCAGCACCUCCGGACGCUCAAGAACAUUGACCUCGUGCCUCCGCUCGAGACCUACAAGGUCGGAGUGCUGUACGUUGGUCCCGGGCAACAGGAUGACGAGGUCGCCAUUUUGAAAAAUGAAUAUGGCAGUGUGAGGUACUGUGAGUUCUUGCGCGCGCUGGGCACCUUGGUUCCGCUGGAGGAAGCUGCCGUGCAGGAGUCCAACCUGUUCCUCAACCUGGAAACCGGCGGCAAGGAUGGCCGCUACACCUACGUGUGGACGGACGACAUCAUGCAGGUGCUGUUCCACGUGGCGACGGCGAUGCCGUGCUGGCCCCGCGACCCCAACUGCAACGAGAAGCUUAAGUACAUCGGCAAUGACUACGUGUCCAUCGUCUUCAAUGACUCCGGACAUGACUUCAACAUUCUAACUAUAAAGGGUCAGUUCAACUUAUGCGUGGUGGUAGUGGAGCCCCUGGAAGGAGGCGUGUGCCGGGUGCUCGUGAAGACCAAGGACGAGCGCAUUCGCACCAAGUUCCUGGCACACCUGCAACCCAUCACGUUAUCCGACGGCUGCGCGCCGCUGCUCGCCCGCCAGCAGGCGCUGCACUGUGCGUUGGCGUCACAGAUCAGCCAGUCACUGGAGCAGCGCGGCGGAGCUCCGUACGCCUCCAACUGCCUCGAGCGACUGCGCCUCAUCAAACGGCUCCGCGCGCGCGUCGAGGGCGAGCGGCGUGCGGCCGCCGCGCGGGCGCCCGCCCCCUACCACGCGUCGCCGCACUCCGCGCACACGCAGCGGAGGGUCGCCAUCGACGACUUCAACGACUACACGUAACACGCCCGCCGACCACGAGCAGCUCCGGGCGGGCACAACUAUAUCAAUGAAGUCAUUGUACCACCAACUUUAUGUAAUCUAUAUUCAAGGCACCAUCUGACCAAUGUUGCAAGUUACCUGUAUCUGGGCCAUAUCAAAUACGACAGUUUCAAAAUGUACUCAAGUUGGGCUCAACCCUCAUAAAUUCUCAAUAUAUCUUGCUUGCAUGUGAUCUCAAUGAGAAUGACAAAUACCACAACCUAUCAUCUGUGACUUCAAAGUAAAUCUGUAUGACAAAUAUGUUUCAUGUAUAAUAAAUUUAAUGGAUACAUGAAUUUCUUAUUUGAUCAUAUAUUCCGAAAUGGUAAGAUCUCUUCAUAAAUCAAAUGUACACACUGUCUGACUCAAUAUGUUAGAAUAAAAUUGGUCGCUGGGGACAAGAUUGGUGAAUGGUGCCAUAAUUAGGAACAGUAGAGGCAGCACUAUACUGAUCUAAUAUUUAUCAACUAAUAUGGGCCUAGAUAUACAACUGUUGCUUAGGAUAAAGUUCCUCUGCCAGCCCUAAUUAUAAUUAAUUAUUGAAGUGAACUAUAAAUACAUACUGAUUGGAUUUCAUUGGUAGGGACUGAGACGCACAGUCUCACAAUAUGAGAUACCAUUUACACAAGAACUAUCUUUAACUUUUCUACAAUACUUUAGACAUGUGAUAAUGUACAAUUUCUACUACCUUUACCGUUUUGCAUAGAACUAUUAUAUCUGGUGUGUCAGCAUCUUUACAAAUCUAAGAUAUAGAUUUAGCUUAGCAAAACCAUGUUGUGUCAGGGUUUACAACGAACUACUGCUAUAUGUUAAAGAUAACUAAUGAAGUCUAUGGCCUGUAUCCUGAUUUAAAUGUUACAAUUGUGUUUGUCAUGUUAUUUGUUCUUUUGAAGGAAGGAUAUGUUGCACAUGGUGUCAUAUGGUAUAGGUGUAUCCUCAUGUGAGUAAUUAUUGGAGCUUUAUCUGCACUUUAUGUAACAAUGUGAUAUCCACUGAAGCAACUAUAUAGUUUGUGUAUGGAUUUAUUGAUGGGCAUGUAAAUAGUUUGUGAUUGUGCUUUCUGCAAAUGUGAUUGACAUAAUAAUUAUAUUGAGGCAUACCAUGCAUUACUUCUCUAUUUUAAAAAUCAACAAAUUGGAAAUCAACAUUAUGUUCAUAGAUACCAAGUGAAUUAAGAUAUAAUAUUAGGUACCUACAUUCAGCUAUCUAUGUUUUAUCAAAUAGGAUAGGAUAUCUAUGUCACUUGGUGCUCUAUGCUUGUUAAGCAGUUGAGGCAGUUGUUAUUUAAAUAUUUUAUGUAGCAAAUUAUUUCCUGACAAAAUUUUUUUUAUCAAAUAAAUGAUGGCUAUUAUAAA